AUGUAUAAAUCAAAAUUAUUCAGUCUUGUUCUUCUUCUUCUUACUAUUAUUUUUACAAAUAGUAGUCCACCUGCAAAGGAUGUAUUCGAAGCAUUACGUUUCGUUUGUACGGGUAAAUUUCAAGGUGGUUUUUGUCCAUAUGCUAUUGCCUAUGAUAUUGCCGCACAGUUGGCUGGUAAUUGGUAUAAUAAUGAUGGAGCUACUGGUUUAUGGUCAGACGGAGGUCCUAGUAUAUGGUGGCCUAGCGGAGUAGGCUUAUGGUCAUUUGCUGAAUUUUUUCAUACGAUGGAAGGAAGAGCUACGGAUAAGUUAUACCUUGCUACACGAUGGGCUGCAAUUGAAACAGCUAAGAAGCAAACUAAUUAUGUUCAUACUAAAUUUACAGAUGAUCAAGCUUGGUGGGCAAAUGGUGCUCUUCGUUUAGAACAAUAUAUUCGGUCAACUGGUGAUGCCACUCAAGAUCUUAUCAAGGCUGCACAAGCUGUUAUCAAUGAUAAUGUUGCAUAUGAAACAGGAGAGUGUGGCGGUGGAGUCUAUUGGUAUUAUGGAAAUCCACCUCCUUCUACCACUGAUAAAACUACAAUAUCAAAUGUCCUAACUAUUUAUACAAUGGCUACAAUGUAUUCUUUCACACGCGAUUCAACAUUACUUCAAGGUGGCGCACGUGGUUGA